AAGGCGUCCACAAUUCAAAGAUGUCGUUUAAUCUAUCGGCCGCAGCGACGUAGUGAAGACUGUCGUUUUGGCAGCCAAAUUGCAAUCUUCUUCUCUUUACGUACAGCGAAGGGGUUAGAUGAAGAGAAAGAGAGGAGGCGAGGAGGAGGGCAUGGAUAUCGUGUGGCAGACUCCAGCGAAUCCCCCGCACCCGCACGAUUACGUCUUUCGAAACGGAAUACGAUUCGUUAGACCAUACUACUUUGAAUUCAUCGCUCACGUCAAAAAUCGGUGGGCGGGGAAAACCAUUGUAGACUUAUUUGCUGAGGAGUUUAAAGGUCGGCCUUAUGAUUAUUAUGUUAGUGCAGUGAAAUGUGGAAGGAUUCAAGUAGAUGGUGAGAUUGUACCAGUUUCAUACGUAGUUAAACCUUCUCAAAAGAUAAGCCAUUUCUUACACAGGCAUGAACCACCUGUGAUGGCUUGUGAUGUUGUUAUUCUUCAAAAUGAACCAGAUGUGCUAACUAUUUGUAAGCCAGCAUCUGUUCCUCUGUUACGUAGGUACACCCAUGUGGUCAAUAUCGGAAGAACACUGUUGUUGGCAUUCUUCAAGCUGAGCAUGGCCUGGCACCUCUAUUUCGUAUCCAAAAAUGCAUUCUGGGGAAGAGAUAAAUGGCUUCUUAUUUUGGCGAGAAAUGCUGCAAAAGCUGACAUCUUUAGGCAACAGAUAGAAGCUGGUUUAGUCCACAAACAGUAUAUAGCAAAAGUAGUUGGAGAAUUUCCUGAGGAUAAGCUCAUUGUUGAUGCCAAUAUUGAAUAUAAUGCACGUGAAGGAAGGAGCACAGCGGAGGGGAAGGCAUUUUACAAUGAUCUUCUGUCUGUAGCAAGGAGCCUUUUCUUGCUGGUCAGAGACUCCGCAAAGGGGAAGGCUGCCUGUACAAAAUUUACUCGGAUUAGUACUAAUGGAACUCAAAGUAUUGUUUUAUGUGAACCUAUCACUGGCCGUACUCAUCAGAUACGUGUUCAUUUACAGUAUUCAGGGCACCCAAUAGCCAACGACAUGCUGUACCUCUCAGAACAAACUGUUGAUCGAUCUGUCAAAGGGUGGAGUGCUGAUAGAUCAGCUCGCAUAUCUAAUGUUUCUCUGACAUCAGAUCUUGAUGAAGUGCUCAAUGCAUGCGAAGAAAAUUCCAAUGAAGAUUUUAGCAUUGAUCCCAUGUGUACAAAUUGUCCAAAUUUGGCACCCAAAGGUUUUUAUAAUUGCAGAUAUGAUGGUGAUGAAGAUGGUCUAUGGCUUCAUUGUAUUCGCUACACGGGGCCUGGAUGGGCGUACGAGUGUCCAUAUCCUGAUUGGGCUAAACUUAUCUAGACAAUUUGAUAUAUUUUUCAUCGUAAAUUUCAAACAAAUAUGCAACGACUUAUUUUGAGUUUUCAUCUGAGUUGUGCUGGUUACUGAAAAACUGUUUAAUCUUUUGCUAGUAUUCAGGGACACUGGAUUGGAAUGAUCAAUUAUUGUUACUAUUGAUUUUUUCGCGAUGGAAAAUCAGUAGACUAUUCUAUUUUAAAAUGAUUAAAGGUUUUUUAUAGUCUA